GUAUUUGGUUAGAUUUGGUUUGGAAGAGAGGUAGACGCACAACAGCAGGAUGCCCGGAAAGGACAAAAAGAACGAUUCCAAGCAUAUCAAGUGUGACAUUCAGUUCGAUGGAAAUCCAACUGGAGUGUACAAACCGGGCGAGACAGUUUCCGGGACGGUGGAGCUCUCACUGGAGAAAAAUAAGAAAUUUAGGGGUAUCUGUCUCUGCAUAAAUGGGUUCGCCGCAACCUACUGGAGCGUCAAGCUGAAAAACGAGCUGGAAAAGAAGCGCAAGACCCACUUCAAGGGCCGCGAAGACUACUUCAGCACAAUAAACUACCUAGUGGGUUCGGACGUGGGAAAUCCGCUGGAAGUGGUCGCCGGCACAUACCGCUACCCAUUUUCGUGCGUUAUCCCAGCGAACGCACCGGCUUCUAUGGAGGGCCGAUACGGGCACAUCCGGUACUUGGUGAAGCUUUCCCUGGAGCGUCCCUGGAAGCACGACAUCGUGUACGAACGUGAAAUGACCGUCAGGGGUAUCUACGACCUGAUCCCCCUCUUUGACACUUUGUCAAUGCCUAGCCAAGCGGAAGCGAUGACUUCGUUCUACUUUGGCUUCACUGAACCACUGGUAGUGUCCGCAAGUAUCUCCAAAACGGGUUUCGCUCCGGGAGAUAUAAUCGAGCUGACAGUGCACGUCAACAACCAGAGCAGCGUUGACGUGAGGACGAUCGUCAUGAAGCUACAACGGGUAGAUACCUUUAUGAGUCAGAUACCACGUGUUGAUCAGUACAUCGAACGCACCGUUCUGGAGGAAAGAACAACGAGCAAAAUAUCCAAACGGAGUGACAUUAGUUUCGAGGAAAACAUCCUAGUAGGUGCCGGUAUUCCAAGUGAUGUCGAGCGCUGCCGGAUCAUCCUAACUAGGUACGAGGUAGAAAUUGUUGUCCAUCCGAUACGUUCCCGGAAGCGACUAGUGCUGAAUCUUCCGAUUGUGCUCGGAACGACCAGCAUAGCGAAUAUGGAGGCCCACGUGGAAAGGGUGGUGGACAAGCAACGGGAAGCCCUGGAAGGGUUUUCAUCUCCCCAAGGACCGUCGGCUCCGCAGUCCGAGGAUGGACCCAGGUCGGUAGAGGAGCGUAGAAUGAUUUUUGCCGCACGCACUUUAAAUUCCAUGUCAUGCGAGGAAUCACUCGACCUAGAAAAUGAGAAGAACUGUGGGGCGGCACCGUACUAGUUGUGUCUUCCACCUUAAUGGUACUAAUCGAAUACUGAAAUUUUAUUAAAGCUCCAAAAAUUAA